CAACGCUGCAGAGACCACUGGGAGACACAUAUGAAAUUCCAGGGCCAUUGGGAGUGAAUUUCUUGCUCCCUUUCAGUUGUAACUCGGAGGAAAGUGUGGUCAGAAACCUACAUAUCCAGUAAGGUUGCAGCAGAAGUGCUGGAGCAGCUCUGAAGAAAUUCACAUCCACUGUCUCAAGAGAGUUGUUGAUACAUCAGCUGAAGGCAAGGUAAUGAUUGAAUCAUUGCAGAUGAUGAGUAAUCGUGCUUAUAUUUUGGCCUCUAAACUUAGUGAAACUCGGGGUAUUCCACAGAGAUAUGCAGAAAUCAUCAAGAAGCAUUUCAACAUCACCUACAUGGAGGAAUUUCUGAGAAACGAAGAAGAGUUUCGAAAUAAGAUCCAGGUCCUUUUUGUGUGGGAAUAUUGUCCCACAGUAGAUGAAAAACUUCUGAAAUCACUGCCUCUUCUGAAAGCAGUUGUAAACUGUGGUGUUGGUGUGGACCAUCUUGACCUUCCUUUAAUCUUCAGUUUUGGGGUGAAGGUCACCAACACUCCUCAUGUGGUGGAUGCUGCUACUGCUGAUAUAGGCAUGGCUUUAAUGUUGGCAUCUGCCAGGAAUAUAUUGGAAGGUCACAGGAUUGCAACUAAGAUUGAUACUAAGAUUUAUCCUAUCAAAUGGAAUGGAGUGGAAGUGACAGGGGCGACUCUUGGAAUCAUUGGAAUGGGACGGAUUGGAUACAAAGUUGCCCAAAGAGCCAGAGGAUUUGAUAUGAAAAUUCUGUAUCAUAACAGAAAUAGGAGAGUCGAGGAGGAGGAGAGACUAGUCGGCGCUCGCUACUGUGCAAAGAUUGACAGUCUCCUUCAGGAAUCUGACUUCGUGAUGUUAGUGGUAAAUCUGACUCCUCAAACCCACAAACUGAUCGGGGAAAGAGAGCUCUGCCUUAUGAAGUCCACUGCUACUCUUGUCAAUAUUUCUCGAGGUGCAGUGAUUGAUCAGGAUGCAUUGGUACAAGCACUUCAGAAGGGAUAUAUUCGGGCAGCUGCUUUGGAUGUUACUGAUCCGGAGCCACUUCCGAGGGAUCAUCCUUUGCUGCACUUACCAAACAUCACUCUGACUCCCCAUAUUGGAACUGCCACCGACCAGACGAAUAUUAACAUGCUGGAGAGAAUGAUUGAAAAUGCUUUGGCUGCUACUCGCGGGCUUCCUGUUCCUGAUGAAGUACUGCCAUCAUAACGGACACAAGCAAGAGAGAUAUUGAUCAUCUCAACAAUAGUUUAUACAAAAUAAAAUUGACCACUUUUAUUAUAGAAAUUUGCACCACAGAGGAGACCAUUUGGUCCAUUGAAAACACAUUAGACUUAAAAUAUGUAGGUUGUUCUUAACCUUGACCCGCUACACUUGAUCCAGAUCAUUGAUUUACACACAGGUAAAGAAUCUACCACUGAGCCAUGACAUAUAACCUUAAAAACAAGAGAACUCUAGUUGGCCAUAACCCUUUACUUUCUGCCAGUGAACCAAUUUUGGAUCCAACAUGUCACUUAUCCUUGAAUCCCAUUGGCUUUUACUUUUCUGAUCAGUGUGAAGUAUGGAACUGUCAAACACCUCGCUAAGACCCACGGAGACUACAUCAAAUGUACUGUUCUCAUUAACCCUUCUUUGUUUCAAGAACUUCAAUCAGGUUAAUACAUUAAUAGAAAUUUAUUCCCGUUUAGUAUCCUUGUCAUCUCCUAUAAGGAGAUUUUAAUGGAGUGAAUUUUGGAGAAAGGUUACAGUGAUACCACUGUAUGGGAUGUUUAGUGCUAAUUAUCCAAUUACUGGGAAUAAAUCCCUAGACAGAUUGCCUCCCACUACCCCCCUGCCACCCCAUCUCUUAUUAAAUCCAUUGCUGAUUAUUCUUUAUUGACCAAGUGCCUUUCUAAAUGAUGAUUCUAAUCAUAUCACAGGACUUUUUCACAUAAUUUUCACACCACUGAAGUUAGCCUCACUAGUUUAUCCCUAAUUUACCUAUAUCUUUCCUUUUUUAAACAACAAUACCGCAUUAGCCGUCUUCUGUAACACUCCUACAACCUGUAACUAAAGAGCAUUGGAAAAUUAUGGUCAGAGCCUCUGCUAUUUCCUGUAAGAGUCCAGGAAAUAUCUAUCCAAGUUUGACAUGUAUCAUUUUUAAAGAUCUAUUUCUAAAGGCCAAUUAAUAUUCAUUUUUCUUUGUUUAUCAAAUCUAAUAUCUCAUAUUUUCUUCCUUAAUGUCAAUAUCUAUAAGGUACCACUUCUGUGAAGACAGUGGCUAAAUAUUCAUUUAGAUCCCUAUUUGCAUCUUCCUGCUUUACACUGUGGUUACCUGUUUGCUCCCAAGUAGGCACACUUAGUAAUCCCUUUCACCUUUAUGAACUCCUAAGUUAUCUUGUGGUUUUCCUUGAUUUGAUUUGCCAGUAUGUUUUUCUCAUGCAAUGCCUUUGACGCCUUAACUUCCUUUUCAAUUUCAUCCUUAGACUUAAUAUACUGCUCCAGACUUGCUGUUCUUUUGAGCUCUUGAUAUUUAUCAUCAGCGUCAGUUUUUUCUUAUUCUACCCUGCAUGCUCCUUGAUAUCAAAAAGGUCUAGAGUUGGAAGUUUUCCAUUUUUUUUUACAGAAAUUGAGAACACAUUUGGUGUGAACCCUCACUAUCUCUUUUUUGAAUGCCUCCCACUGUGAUAUAGACUUACCUGCAAGUAGCUGUUUUCGGCCAACACAUAUUAUCUCUGCUUAGAACAAUUAGCUUAAUUCUGGAUCUAUCUUGACCUGUUCCAUAAAAACAUUAAAUCUGACUGAAUUAUCACUACCUUCAAAAUGCUCUCACACAGCUGCCCCUACCACCUGUCCACAUUCACAUCUAUAACCAAGUCAGAACGACUCAUUAUUUUGAAAACCAAACAAAAACUGCAGUUGACUGAAAUUUGAUGAAGGGUCUCAGGCCCGAAACAUUAACUCUGUUUCUCUUUACACAGAUGCUGCCUAAGCUGCUGAGUGUUUUCAAUAUUUUCUGUUUCCACUUACUAUAUUUUUGGGUUUUCUAAAUACAGAUUAAAAAUACUUAAUUGAAAACAU